CUUUUGAAGCUGCAUCUGUUUUGAUGCCGUGCCCGCGUCCAGGGUGCGGUGGGGGUUUUGUUGUCCCUGUCCCUCGCGGUCUCCCCGUGGCGUCCGGCCACAGCUCGCGCGGCGCUGAGGGCCUUUUUCUGUAAGCUUCCUCGAGGUCCACAUGUUCCGCUAUCCCCAAUUUUAUUAUGUCGAUUUCAACAGCCCGCCCCCUCAUCAGUGUGUACAGCGAGAAGAAUGAGGCCACAGGCAGCACAAUUAAUCUGCCUGCGAUCUUCAAGGCUCCCAUUCGCCCUGAUGUCGUGAACUUCGUUCACCAGAAUAUGGCUAAGAACCAUCGUCAGCCGUACAGUGUCAAUGAUCAAGCAGGACACCAAACCAGUGCGGAGUCAUGGGGUACUGGUCGUGCUGUAGCCCGUAUUCCUCGUGUCCGAGGUGGUGGUACUCACCGCUCUGGCCAGGGUGCCUUCGGUAACAUGUGCCGAGGUGGUCGCAUGUUUGCCCCCACUAAGCCAUGGCGCCGCUGGCACCGCCAUAUCAAUGUCAACCAGAAGAGAUACGCCCUGGUGUCAGCCAUUGCUGCUUCUGGAGUCCCUGCUCUCGUCCAGUCCAAGGGUCAUGUUAUUGACAACAUCCCUGAGCUCCCCCUUGUCGUCAGUGACAAAGUCCAGGAACUCACCAAGACCAAGCAGGCUGUUGCGUUCCUGAAGAGCAUCAAUGCCUGGGCUGAUAUUGAAAAGGUGUACAAAUCCCGCCGCCUCCGAGCUGGUAAGGGUAAGAUGCGUAACCGCCGUCGCAUCCAGCGUCGCGGUCCUCUGGUCAUCUAUGGAACUGACCAAGGUGUAGUCCGAGCAUUCCGUAACAUCCCCGGCAUUGACUGCGUGCCCGUCGCCAAGAUGAACCUGCUGAAGCUGGCUCCCGGUGGCCACGUCGGCCGCUUCAUCAUCUGGACCGAGUCCGCAUUCAAGGAGUUGGACAAGCUGUACGGCACCUGGAAGCGUUCGUCCAAGGUCAAGAAGGGCUACAACCUGCCCAUGCCCAAGAUGGGAAACACUGACCUUAGCCGACUUCUCAAGUCUGAGGAAAUCAGGAAGGUCCUGAGGCCCGCCCAGACCCGAGUUGUCCGCAGUGUGCGCAAGCACAACCCUCUGCGCAACCAGCGUGCCAUGCUGAAGCUGAACCCUUACGCUGCUGUUCUCAAGAGGAACGCCAUCCUGACUCUCCAGAGGCGUGUGAAGGCCAAGGCUGAUUUCCUUGCCAAGAAGCGUGGUACUCCUGUUGUGCCUGCCAAGCGUGAUGCUCGUACGGCUAAGCCCACCAAGAAGAGGACCAAGGUCAAGAGGACCCCUGAGCAGAAGGCUGCCCUUCGUGCCAAGCCUGUUGUACCUAAGCCUGUUAAAGAGAAGAAAGCUGCAAAGGCCAAGGCUGCCCCUAAGAAGUAAAUUUGGUGAAUAAAAAAAAGUUGUCUUGGAA